AUGUCCGGGCUCAUCAUAAUCCUGAGCAGCGCCGCCAAGAUCACUCACCAGGUGCAGGCCCUCAUGGGCCAGACCACCAAGUGGCACGCCUGCUGCACCAUCGAGCCGGUCCCGGACGACGAGAUAGAUCCGGGAUCCAACCAGAACUCCAUGCUGGAGGAGUACCCCGAGCCCGAGGACGAGAGCGACUGUGAGUCCAGCGAGGAGACCCGCGACGAGGACAUGGUGGAGAACACCAAGUUCCUCCAGCCUCACAUGCACGUGAUCUCCUUCCAGAAGAGGCAGGCACUAGUGACCUUCCUGGAGAACAACAACGCCGGCAUCACCGUCUUCGGGUUCACGCUGGACCGGUCGUACCUCCACACGAUAUUCAUGCUCGAGUGGACGUUCUUCCUGUGGCUGCUGGGGAAAACAGUCGGCUUCUCGUGA